CGUUGCUUUUGCGGCCCCUGGAGAAGGAGCCCAUGGUGGCCCAGAUGCUGCGCCUAAUGCAACUCCUGACACGUAUCGAGGAAGGCGAGAACCUCGAUUGCACCUUCGACACAGAGUCAGAACUCACCCCUCUUGAAUCGGCAAUUGGUGUCCUGGAGCUCAUUCAGAGAGAAUUUUCUGUGGCUGAGAAGACAAUGGAAACUGUUCAGAAAAUGGUCAAGGAAGCUGCUGUUAUUGUCUGCAUCAAAAACAGAGAGUUUGAUAAAGCUUCAAAAAUUGUCAAGAGGCAUAUGGGGAAGGAGCACAGAAACCAGAAAAAGAGGAAUGAGUUGCUGACUGUCAUCCGGGAGAAGAAUUCCUCUCAUCCAAUAGUCAAAAACUUCUCUUACAAGACCUUCCAGCAGAAUGUGUUUGAGUUUGUGAAGACCUAUGUGGAUGAUUCGGAGCCGCUGCUGCUAACGGUAAUGAAAAAGACUUUGAAUUCAGAAUGUACUAAAGAACCAAAAUGCUCAUCAGUGACUCCUGAGUCUGCAAGUGGGCCAGAGGACACGGCAGGAACUCCAGAACCUGCAGAAGCAGCAAAAGAACCAGAGGAAGCUCCCAACCUUGCAGAAAGGGCAGAUGACUCCGCAGCAGCUCCUGAGCCUGAGGCAGGAGCUACAGACCCAGCAGCAACUCCUGAGCAUGUAAUAGCAGCAGCUAAUACCUUGGAGGAAGAUGCUUCAGAGCCUAUGGAAAUAGCUAAAGAACCAGCAGCAGCAACUCCAGAACUUCCGGGAGUGUCCUUGAGGGACUCAGAAAGGCAGCCCUCUGGAACUGUAACCACCUAUGGGAUUUCUGUUCUGAGAGAAGCUUUCAAGAUCUUGUCGGACUCCCAGGAUUCUGAUGCAAUCUUCACCAAACUGGACGAAACAGACUUUUCUUUCCCCAAGCAACUGUCUCCUUCUGUAUCCCACAGAACCAAGAGACGGAAAGAAGAGAAGAAACAAGAUUCUGAGAUCUCAGACCCUCCUGCAAUACCCCAUAAGAGCAAACGCUUGUUGACCAUAAGCAAGCUGGUCAUGGAGCCAGACAACCAGCACAGCGAGUCGAGUGAGAGCCCAGACUCUUCCCAGGAGCCAGUUGUAUCUUCUGCUUCCAGACCUGUUCAGAAAUUGCAUGACCAGCCUGUAUCUACUAAGAGUACCAAGUCCUUCCAAGGAAGGUGGAACAGCUCGUUUGGUGAAGAAGCAAAAGACAGUUGGAGUGAAGAGGAUGAGAUCUUCUCAGAUGCAGCAUCAUAUGGGACAAACAGCCACAACUCUACAGUCUUCGGUUCCAAGAAGCAGAAAUGGACGAUACAAGAGAGCGAGUGGAUCAAAGAGGGAGUGAAGAAGUUUGGAGAAGGGAGAUGGAAGGCCAUCUGCCAGAAAUACCCCUUCCAGAACCGCACAGCCGUGAUGGUCAAGGAUCGCUGGCGGACCAUGAAAAAGCUGGGAAUCCUCUAA